AAAUUUUUAAAAAAUAUUCUACAUUUUGAGAAGACAGAAAAAUGAAACUUUCUCUCCUCCACGCAUCUUCUGGGCUGGAGAAGACACGUCACCAAAUCAACACACAGACUUAUUCAAAUGAGAGUAACCAUCGUGUGGACCUUUCUUAUUUCUUAACCACGUCGUCAUCCGUCGACACAAAGCGAUCGUUUACGUCUCUCUCUCUCUCAGGCGCUCCUCUCUUUUUAUCGGCGGAAACUACUCUUCGUUCUCACCGGUAGAUCGAUCCAGCUACGAGAUCAACCAUGAAUCCUGAAUAUGACUAUCUCUUCAAGCUUUUGCUUAUUGGUGAUUCUGGUGUUGGAAAGUCCUGCUUGCUUCUAAGGUUUGCUGAUGAUUCCUACCUGGAUAGCUACAUCAGUACCAUUGGUGUUGACUUUAAAAUCCGCACAGUCGAACAAGAUGGAAAGACCAUCAAACUCCAGAUUUGGGAUACGGCAGGUCAAGAACGUUUCAGAACGAUUACUAGCAGUUACUACAGAGGAGCUCAUGGGAUCAUUGUGACUUACGAUGUAACAGACCAAGAAAGCUUUAACAAUGUCAAGCAAUGGCUAAAUGAAAUCGACCGCUACGCCAGUGAGAAUGUGAACAAGCUACUGGUUGGGAACAAGUGUGAUCUCACAUCACAGAAAGUUGUAUCCACUGAGACAGCCAAGGCUUUCGCAGAUGAACUUGGGAUCCCAUUCUUGGAAACAAGUGCCAAGAAUGCUACCAAUGUCGAAGAAGCUUUCAUGGCCAUGACUGCUGCAAUCAAGACAAGAAUGGCGAGCCAACCUGCUGGUGGAUCUAAGCCUUCAACAGUCCAGAUCCGAGGACAACCUGUAAACCAGCAAUCAGGCUGCUGCUCUUCUUAAUGCGCUUUGUGGACACUCAAGUCAUAUAUUCUCUCAUAUGUUUCCAUGUAGGACACAUGAACAACGUUGUUUCUUCAUCUUUUGUAUUUGUUUUUUCGGUCACUUUUAUGUCCAAAAGCUCCUAAAUUGGUUGUAUUAAUGUUCGUGGAAACACUUAGCUCGGUUCUUUGGUAAAAGUUUCGUGCUAAUCAAUGCUGAGUGGUGUGUUUUUCUUUUA